UGAGCGUCUGUUUCUUGGUUGGCGGCAGCUGUGGGGGCCCCCGGAACAUCUGGGUUUGUAGGGAGCGAGCUCCCCCCUCCUCAUUGCACCCCACAUGCUCAGGGUCUUCAAAGACGCCUUUUCUCGGAUGCACGCCCCUCCCUCGCAGCCACCCUAGAGUGAACAGAUUGGAAGAUUCGCUGUUGCAUCCAUGGCUGCUGCACUAGCUUCACCCACAGUCGCCUCUCACGUACCCUUUGCAGAUUUGUGUUCAACUUUGGAACGAAUACAGAAAUCCAAAGGACGUGCAGAAAAGAUUAAACACUACAAAGAGUUUUUAGAUUCUUGGAGGAAGUUUCAUGAUGCCCUUCAUAAACAUCAGAAAGAUGUCACAGACUCUUUUUAUCCAGCAAUGAGACUUAUUCUUCCCCAGCUAGAAAGAGAGAGAAUGGCCUAUGGCAUCAAAGAAACGAUGCUUGCUAAGCUCUAUAUUGAACUACUUAAUUUACCCAAAGAAGGAAAGGAUGCCCAGAAACUUUUAAAUUAUAGAACACCUACUGGAACUCGUGGAGAUGCAGGAGACUUUGCCAUGAUUGCUUACUUUGUGUUGAAACCAAGAUGCUUGCAGAAGGGAAGUUUGACCAUCCAGCAGGUCAACAGCAUUCUGGACUCAGUCGCCAGCAAUAAUUCCGCCAAGAGGAAGGACCUUAUGAAGAAGAGUCUUCUCCAGUUUAUUACUCAGAGUUCCGCACUUGAACAGAAGUGGCUCAUACGGAUGAUUGUAAAAGACUUAAAACUUGGCAUCAGUCAUCAGACUAUUUUUUCUGUCUUUCAUCGUGAUGCUCCCGAGCUUCACAAUGUCACCACAGAUCUGGAGAAAGUCUGUCGACAACUGCAUGAUCCAUCCAUUGGGCUCAGUGAUAUUUCUAUCUGUUUAUUCUCUCCCUUUAAACCAAUGCUGGCCGCCAUAGCAGAUAUCGAACGUAUUGAGAAGGACAUGAAACACCAAAGUUUCUACAUUGAGACCAAGCUGGAUGGUGAGCGUAUGCAGAUGCACAAAGAUGGGGAUAUCUAUGAGUAUUUCUCCCGAAAUGGCUUUAACUAUACUUCUCAGUUUGGUGCUUCUCCUCAAGAGGGUUCUCUUACCCCAUUCAUUCAUGAGGCUUUCCAAAAAGAUCAGCAAGUCUGCAUCCUGGAUGGUGAGAUGAUGGCCUACAACCCUAACACACACACUUUCAUGCAAAAGGGAAACAAGUUUGAUAUUAAAAGAAUGGUGGAGGAGUCUGACCUGCAGACUUGCUUCUGUGUUUUUGAUGUUUUGAUGGUCAAUAAUAAGAAGCUCGCACAUGAGACCUUGAAGAAGAGGUAUGAAAUCCUGAGUAGUGUUUUUACACCCAUCCCAGGUCGAAUAGAACUAGUGCAGAAAACACAAGCUCACACCAAGAAUGAGGUCAUCAAUGCUUUGAAUGAAGCCAUCGAUAAAAGAGAAGAGGGAAUCAUGGUAAAGCAUCCCUUCUCCAUUUACAAGCCUGACAAGAGAGGUGAAGGAUGGUUGAAGAUUAAACCCGAGUAUGUAACAGGAUUGAUGGAUGAACUAGAUGUCUUACUUGUUGGGGGAUAUUGGGGGAAAGGUUCCCGAGGUGGAAUGAUGUCCCAUUUCUUGUGUGCUGUGGCAGAGAAGCCACCUCUAGGGGAGAAGCCAUCUGUGUUUCAUACCCUAUGCCGUGUGGGCUCAGGUUACACCAUGAAAGAACUAUAUGACUUGGGUUUGAAAUUGGCCAAGCAUUGGAAGCCCUUUCACAAAAGAGCCCCUCCCAGUAGCAUUUUAUGUGGGACUGAGAAGCCAGAAGUCUAUAUUGAGCCGUGCAACUCUGUCAUUGUUCAGAUUAAGGCUGCAGAGAUCGUCCCCAGUGACAUGUAUAAGACAGGCUGCACGCUGCGCUUCCCACGGAUUGAAAAGAUCAGAGAGGACAAAGAGUGGUAUGAAUGUAUGACACUGGAGGACAUGGAGCAGCUUCGGGGGAAGGCGUCUGGAAAGCUCGCCUCCAAGCACUUGUAUAUCACUGGCAAUGAUGAACCCCAAGAAAAAAAGAGGAAAGUUGUCCCGAAGGUGAAGAAAGCCAUUGGUAUCAUGGAGCACUUCAAAGCCCCUAACCUUUCCAGUGUAAACAAAGUCUCCAAUGUAUUCGAAGAUGUGGAAUUUUGUGUUAUGAGCGGUCUAGACAGCCACCCCAAGCCUGUCCUGGAGAACAAAAUUGCAGAAUUUGGAGGUUACAUAGUACAGAAUCCAGGCCCAGACACAUAUUGUGUCGUCGCCGGGUCUGAGAACAUCCGAGUGAAAAACAUCAUUUCUUCAGACAAGCAUGAUGUGGUCAAGCCUGAUUGGCUUCUGGAGUGUUUUGAAAACCAGAGCUGUGUGCCCUGGCAGCCUCGCCACAUGAUCCACAUGUGCCCGUCCACCAAGCAGCAUUUUGCUUGCGAAUAUGACAGCUACGGGGACAGUUACUUUGUCGACACAGACCUGGAGCAACUAAAGGAAGUGUUUUCAGGAAUUCAACAGUCCAGUGGACAAACUCCAAAGGAAAUGGCCUCCGUGAUUGCUGAUCUAGAGUAUCGGUAUUCCUGGGACCACUCCCCGCUGAAUAUGUUUCGCCUUCUUACCGUUUAUGUGGACCUGUAUCAGGUCAUUAGCGACUCGAGCACCCAAGUCGAGGGCACGAGGUUAGCCAUCACUGCCCUGGAGCUUCGAUUUCGUGGGGCCCAAGUGGUUUCUUCUUUAGCUGAAGGCGUGUCACACGUAAUCAUUGGGGAGGACCAUAGCCGAGUUGUUGAUUUUAAAGCGUAUCGGAGAACUCUUAAGAGAAAGUUCAAAAUUCUGCGAGAAGAUUGGGUCAUUGAUUCCAUCAAUAAGUGUGAGUUACAGGAGGAAAACCAGUAUCUGGUCUGAUGGUCGUUUCUGUGCAUGAGCAAAGCCUGUGUGCUGGAAGGAUCAUUGCAUCAAAGAAUGAUGAAACCAAAGCUCCUUUUAUUCCUGCAGUCUGUGCUCACACAGUUUUAACUGCGGGGACAAUCCUCAUUUUAAAAGAUUGGAAAGUUAUGGAAUGGCUGAAAGUCAAGAAGCAACUUUUUUAGACAGCAUGGUGUUUGAUGAUUUUUUAAAAAAUAGCUAAUUAAAAUGAAGUUGCUAGAAGAGUUUUCUAUAUGAUAUCUCUGUAGAAGCAUAGACUUUGACUUGGCAUUAGUAAAAUAUAUUUAAAGGUAGAGCUAAAGGUUUAAAAUUUUGUACAAGUAAAAAGCAUUGUAAGUAAAUGUCAGAUUGUGAUUGGAUUUAUAAAAAUCUCAACUUGAAGGCUAAA